AUGAAGAAGGUCAAAAACGUUAUUCUACGCAGAGGACCAUUUGGGUCAAAGAAAUAUCAAACAGACAAAGAGAAGUAUAGUGAUUAUAAUGACUCAAAAAGACCUCAUACAUUCUACUCUACAUCAGUAUAUCAUCAUUCCAAGGGAAUAUCAAAUAGAGACUUUUUCCCGUCGAGCGAUGAAGACGAAGAAUAUCCGAUACCACCUUCUCCUUUAUUUAGCAAUAACAAACGAAGUGACUCACCUGAAGCGCCCAUGACUCCACUAACCCCAUUAAUGAGUUCACCACCAUCAACAAACAACACUACUCCCACCGCGGCAUUCGCCGUAAACUACAAAAACGCCAAAUCAUUGAGUCAAGAAGGAAACGACAUGAAACCGAAAACGACAUUCUCGAUUGAGCACGACAAAGUCGAUUUGCAUUUCGUGUUCGAAAACCGCGCAUUUGUACUCGAGAAUUGCAAAGAACGAGCCUUGUAUUAUUUGUGUUCGAAAAUAAGAGACACGGUUGAGCCGGCGCUUAACCUCAAGAUAAAUCCAUUGUUACUUGAAUUGAAUAUUCCGCGUGUGAAUUUAAUUCAGGUCACUAUUACGAAUAAACUGCUUAGUGAAGAGGGUGGAAUGUGCGGUAUAAUUAAAAAGUAUGGAAUAUGCAAGGAGAGUCCACUUAAAGUCGAAAUUCUAGGGAACAUUAUGGAACGAACAUAUUCACAUGCUUCCGAAGAAGAUUGGCCACAUCAAAUGGAUUGUAAAGGACACAUAACGAUCACACCGCAAUUACCAAAUUUCGUGAUUGAUUUGUUCAAUUGUCUGUCAUACAAAUUCGAAGGGAACAAAAAAGAAAUGACCUUGCAACAGAGUAAUACCGUGUCUGAGGUGGAAGAAGCAGUGAGCGAAGUGGAAAGUGAUCCCGAGAUGUUUACCAGUGUCUUGGAUAAACUUGCGCGUCGAUUGGGCGGGAAUAACUUGGCGGUCUGUAAUAAGAAGGACGGGAUAAUAACUUCCUUUGGCGCAAAAUUCAAUGCGAUACUUGAUGAAUUACAUGAAUUCACCGGAACUCAGACACCUCAACAUUGUUGUCCAUGGAUAUUACGACAAUCAAGCAACAAAACCACAAUAAUAGAAAAAGCUCCAGGCACAACAACAUCACCAGCAAUAAUGCAAUGGUUACAAUACACAAUAGAUUUUGUCUGUUUACUAUGGGACGCUGAGCGUGGCUCAUUACUAAACAGCAGGGCUACUAAUGUACCUCCGGAACUUCCUGCGUUACAACUCGAAGGGUCUAUCGAACGAAAUAUCAAAGUUCCAAAUGAUUUAUUAAACGGUUCAUCAUUUAUUGACUCGAUGCUCUUCAAGCAUCGGCAAGACAGUGGAAUGAUAACAAUAAGGCGUCGCGACGUACCCCUAUUGACAAAUUUCCUGCCAGAAAAGAUCUUCCCGCGGAUUUAUUCCACACAGGAUUUAUUGCUACAGGACGCCGAUUUGGAUGAUAUAAAGUCUUCGGAUGAAACGACGCAGUUCAUUCCACAGUUCAAAAGUCAUUUUGCCGUUGAGCUACAGUCACCAAAACUUCAUAUGGUCCGACUUGGAAAUCUUUAUAAGCAUUGUGAUGAGUGUUCACAUUACGAGGAACAUAACACGACAACUGACGAUUUACGAUCACUGAUAAUACAUCGAACAGCGUUUGGUGGAACAUAUGGUGCUGUAAUAAAGCGGCACGGAAAGGCACCAAAUGAAGCUACCGAAUUGGUGCUUAACCCGAUACAUAAUUGCAUACGCAAAGACGAUCCGUAUGUUCCGUUGGAAUCGUUUAAAGAUGACGGGUAUAUCGUAUUUGGAGUUGGCGGCCCUAAUUCACGUGAAGGAGGCAAAGUACCUUCGUUACGUGAUCUAUGUCGAAAUUCUCUUGCACUAGAAGGCAAAGUUCAAGAAAAAACCCCUUCGCAAAUAGACAAGAGCAAAGAGCGACUAUGUAGUGGCUGUCAAAAAUGGUUCUUUAAUCCAGCCGAGACUAUAAUUCUUUGGACUGCUGCCCAAGAUUAUUAUUGCGGAAUGCUAGUAAUCGGUCAUUAUUGCACCUAUCAAUGUGUACCAUUGAAAGUACGCGAAAAUAUAAAGAAAGGCGGGUGUCCUUGGGAAAGAUAA